CAAAGAGAUGUAGACAUACAUACUACUCAACUUCCAAGCUAAAUAACAAGUACAUAGUCCUGCUGCUUAAGAAUGAAGAAGCUUUUCUAUAUGGUGCCUCUUAUACUUUUCCAUUUAUUCUUGGUGGCUGCAGCUUCGGCCUCAUCGUCACCUACCGCCGUUGUCAUUGGAGCCGGAAUAUCCGGAAUUGCUGCAGCAAAAACACUUCAUGAAGCAGGAAUUCAAGAUAUAUUGAUACUAGAAGCAACGCCAAGGAUUGGCGGCCGUCUCAUGAAAACCCAGUUUAGCGGAUAUACAGUUGAGAUGGGUUGCAACUGGCUGUUUACUGGGGGACCUGUAGCCAAUCCUUUAAUAGAUAUGGCCAAGAAACUUAAGCUUAGAACUUUCUACAGUGAUUUUGAAAAUAUCACAUCAAACACCUACAAACAAGAAGGUGGACUGUACCCAAAGAAGCAGGUGGAGGAAGUGAGUGGAGUCGCGACUGCUAGAGAUGAUUUCUGCGUAAAGUUUUCGCAGAAAUUAUCAGCCAAAAAGAAGGAUGUUGAUGUCUCAAUUCUAGCAGCACAACGCAUAUACAACAAACGGCCACCAACAUCUCCACUUGAAAUGGUGAUAGACUUCUUCUAUAAUGAUUUUGAAGAUGCAGAACCACCAAAAGUAACAAGUUUGAAGCACACAUAUCCAAGAAAUGAGAUGGUAGACCAUGGUGAGGAUGAAUACUUCGUUGCUGACCCAAGGGGAGUUGAGGUUUUAGUUCAGUAUCUUGCCAAGCAGUUUCUUUCCUCUGUGACAAAGGAUCCCAGGCUCAAGCUAAAUAAGGUAGUUAGAGACAUUAGCUACUCAGACAGUGGAGUUAUCAUAAAAACUGAAGAUGGUUCCACUUACAACUCCAAGUAUGUUAUUGUCUCUGUCAGCCUCGGAGUCCUUCAGAGUGACCUUAUUGAAUUCCAGCCUAAGUUACCUGUGUGGAAAAGAAUUGCAAUAUCAGAUUUUAGCAUGACCAUCUAUACCAAGAUAUUCAUGAAAUUCCCUUACAAGUUCUGGCCUACUGGCCCUGGAACUGAAUUCUUUCUGUAUAGCCAUGUGAGGCGCGGAUACUAUCCGGCUUGGCAGCAUCUGGAGAAUGAGUAUCCGGGAUCCAAUAUUUUAUUCGCGACAGUAACAGCUGAUGAGUCAAGGAGGAUAGAGCAACUAUCUGAUGAAGCAGUUGAAGCUGAGCUGAUGGAGAUCCUAAAGAAAUUGUUCGGGGAUCACAUUCCAAAGCCAGAAUCUAUACUAGUACCCAGAUGGGGCUUGAACAAGUUCUACAAAGGCAGCUAUUCCAACUGGCCGGCCAACUACAACCAAAAGCGUAAAGACCAAUUAGCGGAUCCUGUUGGUCCAGUAUACUUUACAGGGGAGCACACCAGCAAUAAAUAUAUAGGAUACGCCACCGGUGCUUAUUUAGCAGGUAUUGACACUGCAAAUGAUUUAAUAGAGUGCAUCAAGAACAAAUCUUGCAAAGGCUCGCACCACAAGAACUAAAAAAGAAAGGGCAGUAAAAGAUGUCAAUUAAUGCUCCUAGCUAUCUUUUGAAGGUGAAGUUUAAAUCAGGGGUCACUGUCAGCAGAAGCAAGGAGCCUAUUCACAUUACAACUUUCUAGCUAAAUCUAUUGGAGUUGGCUCUUUGCAUAAUUUCUUGUCUGUUUUGUCGUUUGAUUUGAGAUUAUGGAAAUGUAGAGGGAAUUAAGAUCUUAAUAAAGAAUCGGUUCCAUCA